GCCUUUGACCGAUUUUGUCCUUCCCUAUGUGUGCAUUAUGGUGAAAGCAUAAGCCAGUCCAUCACUCAGCACAUGUGCAGGCCUGUUGCCCUCAGCUACCGAUGACGAUCUUGACAGCUGCCAAUGGCGCUUUCCGGCACAGUUGUUGCAGCUGUCAAGAACACACCAUUCGGUGCCUGAGGGCAACAACAGCAGCCGACUGACACAGACAGAAACCCUCAGCUCAUCUACUCACACACCAUUCCUCCCCGCUAGCUAUCCCCCUCUCAAUCCUGUCUCCGCUCCAUGGUUGCACAGAAGAAGCCGUCCAUUCCCUUGGUCUGCGGCAGGGCGUGGAAGGGCGGCUCGGUCAUGACCAGCCCGUGCUUCUGGCAGAAGUACUUGAGCUGCUGCACAUUCUCCUCGUCCAGCACGCUGCACGUCACGUAGACGAUCCUGCCCUUGUCGGGCUUCAUGUACCCGAGGGCCUGCUCGAAGAUCUCCCGCUGCUGGCCCACCAGCUCGAACAACCGCGCAUCCGAGUAGUUCCACUUGAUGUCGGGGUUGCGCCUCAGCGCGCCUGUGGCCGUGGACGGCACAUCGCACACCACCCAGUCCAUCUGGCCCUGCAAGCGGGAAAGGUGGGGGUGGCUCGGCGGCAGCAACACGUAGUUCGUGAUGCCUGCACAGCACACGAGAUGGGAUGACAAACAGCCGGGGGUAGGUGGCUUGGCUGUGGUUUUUGUUUGUCUGACUGACCUGCCUUCCUGAGUCUGAUUUUGGCGACGUUGAGCAUGUACUCUCGCGCGUCGUGGAGGUAGAUCUUGCCGCUGUUCUCCAUCUGGGGGCCGAAUGCGAGAGUCUUGCCGCCAGAGCCGGCACAGUAAUCCAGCACCUUGUCGCCUUCACGUACACGCAGAAGCAGACACUUAUCCAUCGAUCCAUCUGCGUAUCUAUCGUGGGGCAUUCCCCCACCGGGCAUGGCCUGGACUUUGAACGAGACGAUCUGCGAGGCCUCGUCCUGGAUCUCUAUCAGACCCUGCUUGUACUCGGGAAGAUCCAACAGACGCUGAAAACACAGAAGAACAGACAGCCGAAGUGUAGACGUCCACAAGGACAGACACGCGCUGCCUGGCCUGUCACUCACAAGGCAGCCUGACCUGACCUGUUUGUGGUUGAGCAUGAGUCCGUAUGGGGAGUUGACGCACUUCUCGACGUCCACCCCUUUGGACUGCAGGAACUUGUACACACGAUCCCGCGUGAUCUGAUUCGUGUUGACGCGAAGGAACGUCGGCGGCGCCUCGUUCAACACAUUGCACACCUGACACACACACACACACACACACACACACAUGUACCUGUCCGCCCCGUUGCCCUCUCUCUCUGUCUCUCUCUGCUUGCCUGUAUGGCUUUUUUCGUCCCGAGGGCGUUUUCUAUUCUUCUGAAGAGGGCCUCUGGAAAGGAGCACCGGAUGUGCGGCGGGAGUCUGGGGUUCAUGGUGUGUGCGCGCCAUCGGUCUGAGAUGAAGAAGGUCCGCAGCCUGCUGGACCAGGUGCUGGGCGGAGGCGUCACAUAGUCCAGCAGACCCCGCCACCGCACCAACUCGUAGAUCUGCACACAUGGCAAGUUGAACCACACACAGACCCAUUCACUCAUCUCAUCUGCUCGCCUUGCUUCACGUUCCUUGAGGCUUGCCUGAGUGCAUAUCCAGGCCCUGUCGGCAGAUCCCAGCUGCCUGUGCGCCUGGAAGUACCGCUUCAGGUGCAGGUCCAGCGGCUGCUUGAGCGACGUCACUUGCUCAAAAUUCAACAAGGCGUUCUCCAGAUGACGCACCCGGAACGCAUUCAUCCCUUGCACAUCAAGGAGAACUUGG